AUGGGCUCGACAAAGGAGGACAUUGGCGGCAAGCCCUCUGCUGGAGAUGCGCUUGCUGCUGUGUCACCUGCUGGAGAUCGUCCCUGGUAUAAGCAAGGCCAUCUCCUUGGUCUCAACCUCAUCAUCCUGUCCUUGGCCUUGGAUCAGUGGAAGAUUUUCAUGAACAAUCCCACCGGAGCUAAAUUUGGCUGGCUGAACAUGAUCUACUGGCUGGGCUGUGGUGUCGGAUACCCGACAGCCUCGUGUGGAUUGCCAACAAGUAUGGCCGCAAGCCCGGCGGCGUCGGCGGCGGCUAAACCAGGGCCCGCGCACUAA